CGACCCCUACGGUUCAUAAAAAGCCGUAAGCCCAGUACCCAUCAUAAACUUACCCACCGUUCCACAGACCCAAACUUUUUGUUUUUUUGUUUUUUUUACCUUUUCUUUCUUUUCGCGAUGACUACAAUCAAGAAUGUCGCCGUUGUAGGGGCAACUGGGAAGAUCGGCCGCCCAAUCGUCGACCGUCUUCUCGCUUCGAAGCUUUUUAAGGUGACUGUUCUCACGCGUGACGAAAGUCGGCGGCGGGAACUCCCCGCAGAAGUCACCGUUAGAGGCGUAAACUAUAAUUCCAUUGAGUCAUUGGAAUCCGCCCUCCGGGGACAGGAUGCGCUCGUUUCGGCUAUAGCCUUCGAGGCCAUCCACGUGCAGAGAAACCUUGUCCACGCGGCGGCUAAAGCCGGUGUGAAACGAAUGAUUCCUUCUGAGUACGGCAACGAUCUCUUAAACCCUAAGCUUGCUGAUUUCCCCAUCUACAAACCUAAAAUUGCCAUUCGUCAGCUCUGCGAGCAAAAGGCAAUGGAGAACCCGCCAUUUUCGUGGACUACGAUUCACAACGCCUCAUUUCUGGGGCCGGACUGGACCUUAGACUUUAUUGUGGACGUAAAGCAGCGUAAGGCUGAUAUCAAAGAUGGCGGUGACGUAUUGUUCUGCGCUACGACUUACGACGACAUCGCGCAGGCCGUAAUUGGCAUCUUGACCCACCUGGAAGAGACGGCGAACCGUCCGGUGAGAAUCUCUAGCGUCAACACGACCCAGAACGAAUUAAUUUCCAUCGCUAAGGAGCUUGGCGCUACUGACGGCUGGGAUAUUACUCAUUCCAGAACUGAGGACCUGGAAAGCGAGGCCCUACGACGUUGGGCAGAAGGUGACCAUAGCGAGGAGGUGAUCGCCAUGUUCAUUAAUAGGGCGUUCAUUGGUAAGGGCUGGGGCGGAUACUUCCCGGUCCGGGACAACGAUUUGUUGGGUAUCAAGGGCUUAGAGAGAGAUGAGCUAAAAGCCAUCAUCAAGCUUGCUAUGGACAGAUGAUCUGUGUACUCACUAUUACUAUGGUAAAAAAAGCAAAUGAAGAAACCAGCUGAAUGGACCUGGCUAAAAGGGGGUAUCAUUAUGUAUAUUCCAUACUAACAUCGGUACUAAUAUGUAGAUCCCAUUCCCAGCGUCAUGGCACCGGGUCACAUUUCCCCCACACGAAGCAUAUUUGAAUGCUGGUGUUUGCCCUCUUGUUGGAAUCCUACUGAACUAUACACUACUUCUUAAUUCUUCGUCCCUCAAGAAACUCUGCCCCCAAGACCAGAAUGAAAACACCCUAAUAUAUUGCUCGUCGAAGCGCCUUUGCCCUUUCUCU